GUAUGCACAAUGUAUUUGUCUGAAUAUUGUAUAUCUUAGCCUGGCUACAUCUUACACGAAUAUCAAGAAUAAACUCAAUAAACUGAGUUUACGAAUGCACACAUACAUAUACGCAUGAACAUGCUUGAUGAUACAUAUGCAAACAAACGAAAAAUAGGUUAAGCCAUCUACCUAAAAAUAAAGUAUUUAUAUUCAAAAUGAGUUUCCAGUGAUUUAUCAAAAAGAUUAAACUGUAAAAAAUAAUUGAUUCACUUAUUUUUAUAAAUAUCUUAUAAAAGGAAAAGCAUGAAUCAGUAACUGUAACGAUAGCAAUAUGGAGGCCAAUGAUGUACCAAUAAUUCCAGAAUCUGUGAGAGAAUUUAAUGUGAAUCAGUUAUCUGAAAAUGGGGACACUUUGUUACAUGUUGCAGUUCGGAUGAGAGAUAAAGAAUUUGUUGCCGUACUUUUAGAAACUGGUGCUAGUGUUAAUAUAGAAGAUGCUGAUGGUAAUACAGCAUUAUCUUCUGCCAUAAGCAUAGGAUCACCAGAGAUAGUUGCACUUUUAUUGCAGUAUAAUCCAGACUUUAGUAUUAGUAUUGUGAGACAGAAAUUUUAUGAAAGUUUACUUAAUUAUUCAUUUGAUGAAGAAAAAAUUAUCAGAACAAUGCUAAAGCAUGGUUUUAAAGUGAAUAACACUGAUAAUUUAACUUCUUCUCUACUGUGGGCUUCUAUUUUACUGUGCUUAGAAGAUUUAGCAAUAUCAUUUGUUAAUGUUAAAAGAGCACUUUUUAUUUAUGUAAAAAAUUGGUACGAAUCUUUUCAGUUACAUUGGCAACCAUUUACUGCUAAGCAAACUGAAAUGUUAAGAAUUAUUACCAAAAUCAUGAGUCUAUAUGCGGAAGAAAGAGGCAUCAAGAACAGCAAUAAUCGUAACUUUGAUUUGUUUAAACUGUUAUUAUCUGAGCAUGAUGUUGACUUAAUGAAUGUCAAUGUCAUGAGUAUAGGUGGAAAUUUUGAUGAUAAUGAAGAAUCAGAUAUUGUAAUGCUUAGUACAGACAUUUUAUUAUCUUGUUAUGAUGGUGAAAGUCCUGUAUGUGAUGCAAAUGGCAGAACUGGGUUACAUUAUGCAACUAAAGUGGGUAACAUAGCAGUUAUUCAAGCUCUUUUGGAUUUGCAUUUAGAUAUUAAUGCUAUAGAUAAUGAAGGAAAUACACCACUUAAUUGUAUUUAUAAUAGAAUCAAUGAAUUUUCUGGGGCUGAAAAUAAUGACGAGACUUUUAAUGAUGAAAAACACUACGACUCUGAAUUUUCUUGCUUUUUCACAAUAUUAGAUCUCAAAAUUGGAGCUAUUGUAUUACUAAAACAUGUAUCAAAAUUAAUUUCUGCCAAUUCUUACAUCACACUAGGAAAUUUAACAGUAGUUAAGUCUCUGUUAGCCAUGUUGAAUAGUAGUUCAAUUGUACAUCAGUACUAUUUAUCUCUUUAUUCAUACAUUGAACAGUGUGAAAGUGAAGUGAGGCUAAUGAAAAGUAAAAAACUUUUAGAGUUAUCUUAUUUUGAUUUUAUAACGAAAAAUUGCAAUCAAAUUGCCGCUUAUACCAGACGAGAAGAUGUUAUAAAAACUUUUCAAUCUAACGAUAAUGUUCUAGUAGAAUUUGAAAUUUUCGGUGCAAUGCUUCAGCACCGAUUCAAUAUAAGCUAUCUGAGGCGAGGUCUUUUGGAUAAUGCAGAAGUCACACUAUUUGAUAUUUUGAAAUAUCGUCAUCUACCAAUAGUAGUUGUACGAGAAAUUUUGGGUAAUUUGAGUAACGACGAAUUGUAUUUUAUUACGUCAAAUACUUAGUAUUUUAGUAUAUUUUUACUGACGUUAGUUAACUCGUUUUAUGAUAGUAUAUUUAUUUAAAAUAAUCGUCUGUCAAGAUUGAAAUUUAAUUAUCGCAAUAUUGAUUCGACUAAAAUUAAUAUUAUAAUUAAUAAGACAAGUAAAAGAAAUGAUAGUGUAUUUAUUUGUCAAAUUUCUAUUUAUCGUCUGUAGGAAAAUUUUAUUUAUGCAAACAAUAAUUUGGAGGAAAUCGACUAAAAAUAUUAUCCGAUGUUUUCAGGUGUUUCAUACAUUUACUAUAAUUACUAUAGGUUUGAAAAUAAUAGGAACCUUUAUUUUUUGACUAAAUAACUCGAAUAAAAAAAAGCAACGAAAAUUGCAUGAUAUGCAUGAGCUUGCUUGCAACUUUAAGAUUAUUAGUACAUAUUUGGUAGCGUACUAUGAAAGUCUGCUAUUCAUUCAAAAAUGAAUAAAUUUGUUUGAUACAUUGUACCACAUUUCAUGUCGCCUACUUGUCUUAACAAUCUUAACUAAAGCGCAAGCAAGCUUAUGCUGAUGCCAAAACAUUUUCCUUCGAUGUCAUACAAGUCCCAACAUCGUACGAUUUUAUUUGUUUAAGUUAUUCACUAAAAACCCUGCGGAUCUAUUAUUUUUAAAUCGUUAGUAAAUUAAGUUGUAAUUUCAAAUUGUAUAACAUUAUCUUACCAAAUAGUGAGUGUAACAAGAUCGGCAGAUGGGAACUUGAUUAAGUUACGGAGGUCUAUUCAUGCUAUUAAAGCAUUUAGAUAGUAGUUUAUAACAAUAACGUUAAAGUUUGUCUUGGAUUCAUUUUGAAACAGAAUCUCACAGCGAUCGUAGAUACUUUUUGUGACUGUAAUUAAUUACUUUUGUUAUUCGCUCAAAAAAUUGCAAGUUAACAGAUGAAUUUUGAAAAUUUUAUAUAGAUAUGAAUGUAAUCUGAUUAUUGUGCUGAAGGUUGAUUUCUCAUGACAAGAAAUUGAGUUUUUGUAAAAUUGACUCAUUGUUAGUCAAUGAUGACUAAAUUAAAGCGAGCGCGUCGAUGUUAUCAAAUGGAUAGAAAAUGUGAAAUAAAAUAUUGAA